AUGUUGUCGUCCCGCAGCUUGAAGGAAAAUCCAUGGCACAAGUUCCCUUUCACUGGAUUUGUUGCCAUGUUGUCUGCCAUAGUUACAUUGAUGAUAGACUCAAUGGCAACCAGUAUAUACACUAGGAAAAACAAAAAUGAAGUUCUUCGUGAGUCUCAAGGUGAUCAAGAGAUGGCUGUAGUGCAUACUGGGCAUUCUCAUGGUCACCAUCACCAUGGAUCCAAACUCAAUGUUGAGGGCUCACAACUUCUCCGUUAUCGCGUAAUUGCCAUGGUGCCAUCACCUACUGUAGUGUGCUAG